AUGAAUUUAUAUACAUCCAUCUUAAUUUUAAUUGUACUGUUCAGUACACUCUCCCAAGCUGACACGUCUCCAUGUGAUCCCAUUUACCAUAUUUAUACCCCUCAGCACUUUUCCAGUGACCCUAAUGGCCCCUAUCGAGACUCUGUCACAGGCAAGAUCCACUUGUACAUGCAGUACAAUCCCCACGGGGCCGUUUGGGGUGAUAUGUCGUGGUAUCAUGUAACCUCGGAUGACUACAUCAAGUGGGAGCGCCGUGAAAUCAUAUCCAUGACUAAUGACCACUGGUACGACUUACGUGGCGUGUUCUCGGGCGCGAUGAUGAACAACCAAUUUGGCGACCCCGUUGUCAUAUAUACUUGCACCCAGUUGGCGAGUGAGGAGGAUAUUGCUCAAGACCGGUACGACAUCCAACGUGUGUGUAUUGCGAACCCGCCCAAAGCGGAUCUUGAGGGCAAACGCACGCUGGAUGUCUUAGAGAAGAGCCCGCUCAACCCUGUCUUAAGCAAAAAGGACGUUCCCGGGCUGGUUUACCUCAACAAUCUUCGUGACCCAACCGAGGUGUGGCCUGAUCCGGCGCAUCCCAAUGAAUGGCUCUUUGGACUUGUUGCACGCAUUAAGGAUGAUGAUGGUGACGGUACGCAUGUGGCCCUCUUCCGCACCACAGACCCCACGUUACAGAGCGGAUUCAAGUUUUCGCACAGUCUUUACAAGUUCUACCUUGAACCCAUAUUGGAGUGCCCUGAUUUAUUUACGGUGGACAGCACUAAUGGGUACUUUCUGAAGCUUUCCACCAUGAAAGCGCGGCGUGAAUUCGUCGUGUACGGCAAGUACCAGCUGGACGAAGCGAUAGAUCAGUACGUUUAUGUUGAGGACACUGACCGCACCAACACGUUCACGGACUAUGGGCCUUACUUUGCGUCCAAGACCUUCUAUGACCCAAUCCUGAAGCAGCGCCUGAUCUGGGGCUAUAUUCCCGAGGAGAUGGAGCAAGGGCUGUAUCUGAAGGAUCAUGGAUGGGCUGGGGUGCAAAUUCUACGUAGCAUCGCCUAUGAUGAGAAGCAGAAGCGUCUCAAGUUUCCACCGAUUCCACAAUUGGAAGCUCUGCGCAAGGCGCGCCUCCUCGACAUGACUCUGACGCUUUCGUCUGGCGCUACCAGUACUGUUCUGACUCCUUCUGAGGCCGGGACGAUGUAUCAGGAGAUUAUUGCAAAGUUCACUUUUCCCGAUACCCUUUUUGAUGAAACGAAGGGAUACACCAAGGAAAACGCCCCUGAGGUGGGCUUACGCAUUCGCACUAACGCCGAUGAAUCGGAAUACAUCCAUGUGGCACUGAGGAUGCCGGCGGCUGAUCCCGAUGCAAACUUCUGCGAUGAAUGCACCCCCCAGGGAGUCGAUAGCACACUCUUCAAGACUCGCUCCAUCAAGAAUGACCAGGAAGCCGAGAUGGACUGCAGUAAGGAAUGUGUAAAGGAGCGCACCUGUAUGUUGUGGGCAUUGCAUGAGAUCGAAACCCCGGACAUGGUGCAGUGCUCGCUGUACUGGAACCACAGUUCGAAGGUGCCCACCCCGGAUAAGGUUGUGUCCAGCGGUGUCGUCAAUGAGCCGAUUUUAUAUCUCGAGCGUCAUAAAUCGGGUACCAUGGGCUUCAACUUUCCACACCACGGUCGUGCGCCGUUGGCAUCGAGCACCGAGUUUGAGCUGCGUAUCUUUAUUGAUGGCAGUAUCAUUGAGGUGUAUAAAGACGACGGUCUGCAAAUCAUCACAGGGCGUGUGUACAUCCCCGAUGAAGUCGGUCACAGCGGUGUUGGAUUCUACACCCGCAACACGGGUGAUGCUCAUGUCAAAGCCAACAUUCAGGUGUAUUCGAUGGGCAACAUAUGGAACUAG